UUUCCGAAGGAAGCGGCGGGCAGCGAUGGUGGAGGCGGUGGCGAGAGAAACAGGCCUACUACUACGGUAUCCAUCGGGGCCCUUCCCUUCUCCCGCCCGCCCCGCCUCUGAUCCCAGAAGAUCGACGGGAGCUAGACUCCUGCAGGGGAGGGAUCUUGGGGACGCCUGCACGGAAAGGGACGCCAAGCUGCCGCGAGCAAAGCAAGGGCCCGGAUCCCGCGUUGCAAAGCCCGAGCCCGACCGAGCUAUUGAUGAGAUGUUGACCCAGCACAAAGAGGAGAAAACCAACCAGGAGAGUCUCUUGGAGGAGGGCAGCACUAGGAGCCCUCCUCACUUGGAGGCCUUUCUGGAAAUGCACGAAACUGAGGUGCCGGAAGAACAAGUUCUCAAGAAGAAACAUACGUGUCCCGAUUGUGGGAAGAACUUUUGCCGGCGUUCGGACCUCGUCCGGCACCAGAAACUCCAUACGGGAGACAGACCGUUUAUCUGCUCUAAGUGCGGGAAAGGCUUUGUUCAGAGUACCCACCUCAUCGCGCACCAGAAAAGCCACGCGAGAGAGAAGCCCUUUCUCUGCCCUCACUGCGGAAGGAGCUUCAACCAGAUCCUGAACUUCAACAGACACCAGAGGACUCACUUGAAGGAGCCGCCUUUCCAAUGCUGCGACUGCGGGAAGACCUUCAGUCGCAGCUCGAACCUUAUAAUGCACCAGAGGGCGCACACAGGGGAGAGGCCCUAUAAAUGCUUCGACUGUGGGAACAGCUUCAGCAGGAGCUCAACUCUCGUUACCCACCAGAGAAUCCACACUGGCGAGAAACCCUAUAAAUGCCAGGACUGCUGGAAAAGCUUUGGCAGGCGGUCAACCCUCGUGAUGCACCAGAGAAUCCACACGGGGGAGAAGCCUUACCAAUGUCCCGACUGCCCGGAAAGCUUCAGUGUUAAAUCGGGUCUUCUAAGUCAUCAGAGAAUCCACAUGACCGAGAAACCCUACAUUUGCCUGGAGUGCGGCAAAAAUUUCUGCCGGAGCGCGGACCUCAUUAUCCACCAGAGAAUCCACACGGGAGAAAAGCCCUACAAAUGCAACGACUGCGGCAAGAAGUUCAAUACAAACUCGCACCUUGUCACUCACCUGAGGAUUCACACAGGGGAAAAACCUUAUAAGUGCCCCGAGUGCGGGAAAGGCUUCUCUUACAGCUCGGUUCUUGUGGGCCACCAGAGGCUGCACACAGGAGAAAAGCCGUACGCGUGUCUCGAGUGCGGGAAAACCUUUCGUAACAAUUCGCACCUCAUCACGCACCAGAGAGUGCACACGGGAGAGAAGCCUUACGAAUGCGCCGAGUGCGGGAGGAGUUUCAGUGUCAGUUCAAACCUUAGGAAGCACCGGAAAAUCCACGAAAGGGAGACAUCUUUCAAAGAUUCUGAGUAGCAAUCUUAGCUGAUGGAAGUCCCAGUUAGGCGCUAGCAAAGCUUGUAAACAGAAAUCGCUGCCUGAGGAAAAAA